AUUAAAAGUAAAUAAUUGAAAUAUUGGAGGAAAUUAAAAAUAAAAAUUUUAAAAAUUUUGAAUUUUAAAUUUAUCCAUAUGGAAAUUGAGGGAGAAAGAUAAUUUGUAUAAUAUAAUUUUUAUUAGCAAACUCAUUUUAAAAUUUUGUGUUUGAUAAGAAUGUAAUAAAAAUAUAUUUAUUCUAAUAAUGAAGAUCACAAUAGUCCAAGUUGUUAUGCACCACCAAAAGAAUUCUAAAAAGGAAAAAUUCACCAACGGGAAAAUCGUAAUUUUGGAAUUUGGAUAGGUGUAUACUAGUCUCUUUCUUUCCUUUCCCUGAUAUGGAAGGUAUAGGUCUAUAUAUACUUGGAAGAACCAGUCAAAUUCGGCAAAAUCCAUAUUAUAAUUUUCUUUGAUUUCUUAGAGAAACUGAGUUCCCCCAAUGCCCGGCAUACAGAGGAAGAUGAAGAGGGCAAGACGAAGACGUACAGGAGACGAGUACAUAUCCGAUGACGGUGAUUUUGGGGAGGACCUGCUUAGCGAGUUGCCGGAUGAAAUUCUUAUUUCAAUACUAUCUCGCCUAACCCUAAGGGAAGCUGCGGCUACCAGUGUUCUCUCACAGCGAUGGAGGUACUUGUGGACAUAUACUUCACGUCUCAACUUCGAUUCAGUAGUUAACAAAAUUGUCAGACGGUCGCAUUCCUUCGCCCUUUCGACUGCUGCAGGGCGGCGGCGGCGGCGGCGCAAAUAUAUUAAAUGGGUUCACAAGGUCUUGGCAAAGUAUAGAGGCGGCCGAAACUUAGAUGAAUUCAGGGUUUGUUUUGAUUUGUCUAAGAGAUCUCGUUCUGAUAUCGACAAAUGGUUUGAGUUUGCAAUGUCAAAGAAUGUCAAAAACCUUGAGUUCGACUUCUUAAGAUGUUCUUCUCAGAAUCAGGAUCGGGAUCCCUGGUUCGUCAUGUUAAGUUAUUUUCAGAAUUUCUAUAAAUUCCCGCAUCGAAUUUUGGGAGUGAGGGAAGCACGGGAUCCUAAUUGUAUGUUUGUUGGCUUUAAGUCCCUUAAAACUUUGUCAUUGAAGUCCAUAAAUGUGAGCAGCGAAGCUGUUGAGUAUUUCUUAUCAAACUGCCCUCUUCUCGAACGGCUAUCUGUGCAUGGCAGCGAAAGUUUGGUUAAUUUAAGGGUUGCUGGCCCAUCCAUCAUGCUGAGGCACUUGGAGAUAGUCAAGUGUUCCUCUAUCCAAACCAUUGAGAUAUGUGACACAAACCUCGUUUCCUUUACCUAUCGGGGAGAAAGGGGGGGAGAUCUGCUGCCAAACAAUAUGCAUAUUAAGAAUUCACCUCUCCUCGUUGAGGUAUUGGCUGGUGUUGGAAGAUUAGGGUUUGCAAAGAAUAUGCUUUUGAAGCUUUCAUCUUGUGUUCAUCAGCUGCAGAUUCUUCAAUUGACAGUCGAUCAUUUUUUUCCGGAACGAUCAAGAGCCUAUUUGCUUCCAAAAUUAAGAAACCUCAAGCAAUUAAAAUUAACUGUCUUUGUUGGGUGCCCUGAGAAUUGUCUCCUUGGAUUUGUUGCAAUGCUGAAGAAGUGUCCUCACUUAGAGAGUUUGGUGUUGCAGUUAAAAUGGCGAACUCAAAUCAUACCAGUCGCAAAAAGAUAUGCCAAGGCAUUGAUCCAAUAUUCCCAUCAAUACCUGAAACUGGUGAAAAUUGUUGGUUUUAAUGAUUGUAGCAGUGCUUGUGAGCUAGUCAUGCAGAUUAUUGAAAAUGCUAUUGCACUCGAGAAAAUUAUCAUUGAUACAAGCCAAGGACAUAGGAGGAGGGGACCAUGGUUGAAGAGACAACUAGCUGCAAGAACAAGAGCUGAGCAAUUGAAAUCACAUGUACCUCCGAGCCUGGAAUUUAUAGUACUUUAAAUCUUAAGCAGGUGUAUGGUUUUGGAAUUCAAUUUUUUUUUAGUAUCUA